CCCUCUCCAAAAAGCCAGCCGUGAAUUAGGCAAGAGAGGCGGUCACUUUGGCGAGGAUCUCCGCGGUGCGCUCCGAGGCGCGCCUCUCUCCAUCCGUGCGUCCGGCGGCCAGCCCCCUUCCCUUCCUCCUCCAGAGGCGCCUUUAUCUGGGGCCCCGAUCUGGCUCUCUAAGGGAGGGCUAGACUAGAGUCGGAGACAGGCCCCAGGGGCACUGGGCGGGAAGGUGGCGGGGCGAGGCGAAGCGUCUCUGCUUUCGCUUUCACUGCACUAGGAAGCGGUGGCGAUGGCGCUCCUCGACGUGUGCGGGGUGUCUCGUCGGGAUUGGGACUGGAACCCACUCGGAGGAGCCGCGGCCGCUGCUUCGCAGCGAGGCGCAGUGGAGCACUACACCUUCGGCAUGAGGGAGCCCCGGAUCGCCGUGCCCCCGGGGAGGCAGCCCGCGGAGUUCCUGCAGACCCACUGCGAGGGCAGCGGUGAUGGGCACCAGAUUGAGUUCGAUCAUGGUACCACCACCAUGGCCUUCACCUUCCAGCAUGGGGUCAUUGUUGCCACCGAUUCUCGGGCAUCUGCGGGGAACUAUAUUUCAAAUAAGAGGUUUAACAAAGUGAUUGAGAUCAACCCCUACCUGCUGGGCACCAUGUCCGGAAGUGCUGCCGAUUGUCAGUACUGGGAACGGCUCCUGGCCAAACACUGCAGGCUGUACUACUUGCGCAACAAGGAACGGAUCAGUGUCUCAGCUGCCUCCAAACUCCUGGCCAAUAUGCUAGUCGAAUACCGAGGGAUGGGACUGUCCGUGGGCAGCAUGGUGUGCGGGUGGGACAAGAAGGGUCCUGGACUUUACUAUAUAGAUGAUCAUGGGGUACGACUGGCUGGCCCCCUCUUUUCCACAGGGAGUGGAAACACAUAUGCCUACGGGGUGCUGGAUAGUGGUCACCGCUAUGAUCUCAGCGUGGAGGAGGCCUAUGACCUUGGCAGGAAGGCCAUCUCUUACGCCACCCACCGCGAUUCCUACUCUGGAGGGGUGGUGAACAUGUAUCACAUGAAGGAAGAUGGAUGGAUCCGGGUCGGGCGCACAGAUGUUGAUGAGUUACUGCACGAGUAUGCAGAUGCCAAGAAAUGAGACAAAGAGAAGGAACCACAAAUGUCCAAGAUUCUUGAACACUCAGGGGUGAAGGAGAGAAGGGAUGCUGGGAAGGACGGGUGUGCAGUCAUGACGGGGCAAUGAUAAAUAAAGUAGAACAUUUGUUUCUC